UCUCUCUUUCUUUCCCUUUUUCUUCUUUCUCGCAAAAUCAUAUUUAGGGUUUCAAAAUCUUUUCUAUAGAUCCAAAAUUUCAAAAUUUCAUUUGAAUUUCUCUCGAAUUUGCAAAAUUUUCGUAAUCGUUGUUGUAAUUAUUUUCUCAAUUCAUUCGAAUUAGGAUCGGUUCAAAUGGAUCGGUGGAUUUCUUGAUGCCUCUGCGAGUUGAGGGGAAUUGAGAGAAAUGGAGACGCAGAGGAUAACAGAAUUGCCUCUCAGGAACAUGGAUAAGCGUCCCAGGAAGAGGCCUCGUUUAACAUGGGACAUGCCGCCUCCUCCUCCUCCUCCUCCUCCUUCCAAGGUCCUUUCGGCGAUGUACUGCGGGCAGGAUUUUGGGAAUGGAGUGAUUCCCAAUUAUGCAUAUACAAAUUUGUUUUACAGGGAUUUUCCAGUUCCUCGCAAUGGCUCUCCUCCUUGGAGACCUGAUGAUAAAGAUGGGCAUUAUGUCUUUUCUAUCGGCGAGAAUUUGACACCUCGUUAUAGAAUUCUUAGCAAAAUGGGUGAAGGGACUUUUGGGCAAGUCUUGGAAUGUUUUGAUAAUGAAAAGAAAGAAGUUGUGGCAAUAAAAAUUGUUCGCUCCAUACACAAGUAUCGUGAAGCUGCCAUGAUUGAAAUUGAUGUCCUGCAGAGGCUUGCCAGACAUGAUAUUGGUGGCACUCGUUGUGUGCAAAUACGGAAUUGGUUUGACUAUCGUAAUCAUAUUUGUAUUGUAUUUGAGAAGCUUGGACCAAGCUUAUAUGAUUUUCUCCGCAAAAACAGCUACCGUUCAUUUCCCAUUGAUCUUGUUCGGGAGCUUGGCAGACAACUUUUGGAGUCUGUUGCAUUUAUGCAUGAUCUACGACUGAUUCACACUGAUUUGAAGCCAGAGAAUAUUCUACUAGUUUCCUCUGACUAUAUCAAAGUGCCAGAUUAUAAGUUUCUUCCGCGGUCCACAAAAGAUGGCUCCUAUUUCAAGAAUCUACCCAAGUCAAGUGCUAUUAAGCUCAUCGAUUUUGGCAGUACUACAUUUGAACAUCAGGAUCAUAGCUAUGUGGUGUCAACACGUCAUUAUCGUGCACCAGAGGUUAUCCUAGGUCUCGGAUGGAACUAUCCUUGUGAUUUAUGGAGUGUGGGUUGCAUACUUGUUGAACUAUGUUCUGGUGAGGCCCUUUUUCAAACACACGAGAACUUGGAGCAUCUUGCCAUGAUGGAAAGGGUUUUAGGGCCCCUGCCACAACAUAUGGUGGUCAAAGCUGACCGUCGUGCUGAGAAAUAUUUCAGGAGAGGCAUGCGAUUGGACUGGCCUGAGGGUGCAACUUCGAGAGAAAGCAUGAGAGCAGUCUGGAAGUUGCCCCGUUUGCCGAAUCUAAUUAUGCAGCAUGUCGAUCAUUCUGCUGGUGAUCUGAUUGAUCUCUUGCAAGGGCUCUUACGGUAUGAUCCAGCAGAACGGUUCAAAGCCAGGGAAGCUUUAGGGCACCCAUUUUUCACAAGAGAACCAAGAAGGUGUGGGUAUCCUUUGUAAUGUGGGUGCAUCAUAAGCAAUCAUAUGAACAAGGAGCUACCAUCAAGUGGCGAUUGACAUACAAUAGUUACCAUAUAGUAUAAAGAGUGCUCUCUUCCUACCAUGCUCUCUUCCUACCAUGCUCAUUUGCCUUAGUGGUGUUUCUUCGUCUACUAUGAUCCCAAUUGAUCUGUAUCCACUCUUAAUUUCUGAUUUGUUUUGUGAUUUUAAUGAAAUUAAAAGGAAAAAAAAGGCCAAAA